AUGGGAAGCCAAGUGAUUGAACAAGGUCCAAAGAAAUGGAUCUUGAACGCAUUUUCCAUGAGUACCCCUGGUCAUCUCGCCGCAGGCCUUUGGAGGCAUCCGCGAAACCAUAGCUCCAAAUACAAAGAUAUCGAGUAUUGGAUUAACUUGGCAAAGAUCUUAGAAGCUGGAAAGUUUCAUGGGCUAUUCAUCGCAGAUGUUCUCAGUCACUACGGCGUAUAUAAAGGAGAAGGAAACAUUGAUCCUGCUCUCGCUGGAGCCGCCCAGCUCCCCAUGAAUGAUCCAUUUCUAGCAAUCUCUGCGAUGGCAGCAGCGACAAAGAACCUAUCAUUUGGCGUCACGGCAUCAACUACAUACGAGAAUCCAUUCCUGCUUGCACGGAGAUUUGCGACUCUCGAUCAUUUCACCAAAGGUCGCGUAGCUUGGAACGUUGUGACAAGCCACUUGGAGUCGGCGGCGAGAAACCUUGGCCUGCCAACUCAAAUCGAGCACGACGAACGUUAUAAGAUCGCGGAGGAGUUCAUUAAUUUGACGUACGAGCUGUGGGAAAGUUCAUGGAGAGACGACGCCGUUGUAGAAAAUGACGAAACCAGGCAGUACUCCGUUCCCGGCCGAGUGAGAAAGAUUAAUCACGAAGGAAAAUAUUUUAAAUCCACCGGCCCAAUUACAACAGAACCUUCAAUCCAACGAACACCGUUUAUAUUCCAAGCAGGUGCCAGUAGCGCCGGCAAGGUCUUUGCGACGAAGCACGCCGAAUGUAUGUUCCUACCCGGCAUGACACCAGAAGCAGUGAAAAGAUCAGCAGACGACAUCCGCCGGCUCGCUAUUGAAAACGGCCGCAAUCCAUCUACGAUCAAACUUAUCACGGGAGUCUUGAUUAUCGUGGACGAAACAGACGAGAAAGCUCAAGCCAAAUAUGAAGAUUACUUAAAAUACGCUGACCUCGAGGGGACGAUGUCGCUUUUCGGAGGAUGGACCGGUGUCGACCUAGACAAAUGGAGCGACGACGAAGACUUCAAAUUCACCGGCCCCGGUGCGAUCCAAAGCAUGAUUUCAUCAUGGACUGCGACGGUACCGGGGACGCAGGAUGUCAAGUGGACAAAAAGAAGGAUUGCGGAGGAGCUGGCGAUAGGAGGCGCUCACCCCCGGGCUAUUGGGUCGGCGAAGACGGUGGCGGAUUCCCUUCAGAGGUGGAUCGACGAAGCCGGGAUCGAUGGCUUCAACAUUUCAUAUGCUGUCAACCCGGGUGAUUUCGAGGAUAUCAUCAAAUAUCUUCUGCCAGAACUGCGGGCAAGGGGAGUGUUCUGGGAUGAUUAUGCUGCUACUACGACACGGGAGAAUUAUUUCCAGGACGGGCUUGGACCCAGGUUGAGGGAUGACCAUCCAGGGUCGAAAUAUAAAUGGCCAGCGGAGUGAUAUACUGGCUUCUUUCGUACAAGGUACCUGUGUACAUAGCAAUACUCUUGCAAGAAUAAAAAGUGCCAGGUGGAGCGGGACGGUGAUGUGGUCAAGGCGUGUUACUGUCUGCCACGUGCUGUUACUGUGUUGAUACGGUACCGUAAUACUGUGAUACUGUGGUACUGUGUUAGCAAGGCACAGUACGCGCUGAGUUUUGA